UACAGCCUCGGGCUCCAGAAAUGCUAGGGCCGGCCCUGCCCGUGACAACAAUAACGGUAGUCAAAGAAGAAGAGGAGGAAGAAGAAGGAGGUAACGGCAGUCGGUUUUACGGUGAAGGAAUGAGAAAUCUAUUGGGAAACGUUAAGGGGCAUGCAGGAGUUUGAAACAGACAGGGAUGGGAAAUAAACAAAGUGACUCGGACUAACACAACACUAUUCCAGCCAUGAUUUGUGUGUCAGACAUAUUCAAGUCCAGGUGUGAUGGGCAAGCUCAGUUGAAACUGAAAAGUUUCCCCAAGACCCUACAGGGAGGAGCCAGAAGAAGCUUUCGAACAGAGUGGUACAGUGGAGCCACUUUUUGAUAUAUUAUAGCUGUGGAAUCUCCAUGCCCAUAUUUCUCUGGAUCCACCCCUGCCUUCAAGACAAAAAGAACAUCAGGAAUCUUGCAGCACCGCAAAAAUGUAGCUGCAGUGAAAAACAACCAAAGUCUGGCUUUGUUAGGAUUAGUACAUUUGAGACCAUCGGUCAGUUUAUGCAGCUGCUGUUGGAGCCAAAACUAUAACUAUUUAUAGCUUGGGGGGGGUUGGUCAGUUCAUACCUGGCAAGAUGGAGAAACAGCUUAAAGUUGACAGCAAGCAGGACUUGGAUGAGAAAGCCUCCGAAUCUACGCAAGAAGCUGUGGAGCGAAUCAUGCAGCCUGCUAACAGCAAGCAGGACUCGGAUGAGAAAGCCUCCAAAACUACGCAAGAAGCUGUGGAGGGAAUCAUGCAGCCUGCUAACAGCAAGCAGGACUCGGAUGAGUCGGCCUCCGAAACUACUCAAGAAGCUGUGGAGCGAAUCAUGCAGCCUGCUAACAGCAAGCAGGACUCGGAUGAGUCGGCCUCCGAAACUACUCAAGAAGCUGUGGAGCGAAUCAUGCAGCCUGCUAACAGCAAGCAGGACUCGGAUGAGAAAGCCUCCGAAACUGCACAAGAAGUUGUGGAGGGAAUCAUGCAGCCUGCUAACAGCAAGCAGGACUCGGAUGAGUCGGCCUCCGAAACUGAGGACGACUCAAACACAGAUGAUGACGUCGAGUUCACGCUGGUGGCUGAUGAGUCUGAUGACUCUGAUGACUCUGAUUCACACGAUGACUCCAAUUUGAGUGGGGAGGACAUGGAGGAGGCAAUGGAUCCUUCUGAUCACAAAUGGAAAUCAAAGAAUGGGCAAAUUGUCUGGUCUCCCACUCACACUGAGAUGCUGCGCUACAUUCCAGUUCCCUGUGUGAACCCCGGACCCACACGGUACGCCAUCUCCCGUAUCAGCACUCUGAAGUCCUGCUUCGAUCUCUUCCUGACGGAAGAGAUCAUCACGUGUGUUUUGGAUAUGACAAACCUGCAGGGGAGACGUUCCAUCAAAGAUUGGAAAGACAUAGAUGCCACUGACCUGCAGGCAUACAUCGGGCUGCUGAUUCUGGCCGGUGUGCACAAGUCACGCAACGAGUCGACCUGCAGCCUGUGGAAUGACUACACCGGACGGGCCAUUUUCCGGGCCACCAUGUCCCACGGCACAUUCAGUCUUAUAAACUCAACCGUGCGGUUCGAAGAUAAGCGAACACGAUCUGCGAGUCGUAAGCAGGACAGGCUGGCUGCCUUCCGGACCAUCUGGGAGAAGUGGUCACAUCGCCUCCCCCUUCUAUUCAACACAGGCAAGGAUGUCUGUGUAGAUGAGCAGCUCGUCCCGUUCAGAGGCCGCUGUGGAUUCCGCCAAUACAUACCCAGCAAACCUGCAAAAUAUGGGAUAAAGAUUUGGGUCACCUGCGACGUCGCCACAUCGUAUGCAUGGAAGAUGCAAAUCUAUACGGGAAAAUCUGCUGGCAGUGCCCCGGAGGUGAACCAGGGAAAGAGGGUCGUCCUGGACAUGACGGAAGGGCUCAAGGGGAGAACAGUGACUUGUGAUAAUUUUUUCACCACUUACGCACUGGCUGAGGAGCUUCUGAAAAGGAAAAUUGCCCUUGUCGGUACAAUUCGGAAGAACAAGCCAGAGCUUCCCCAGCAACUACUGGAUAUAAGGCAGAGACAGCCCCGAUCCUCCCUCUUUGCCUUCACCAAGACGCACACAGUGGUGUCGUACGUACCGAGAAGGGGGAAGAAUGUGACUCUCCUCAGCACCAAGCACCGCGAGCCAGCUGUGAGUGCCGAGGAGCACCAGAAGCCAAAGAUAAUUACUGACUACAAUAGCUGCAAAGGAGGUGUCGACAACCUGGAUAAGUGUGUUGGUGCUUACAGCUGCAGGAGAAAGACAUGUCGAUGGCCACUGGUUCUCUUUUACAACAUGCUGGACGUCUCUGUCUACAAUGCAUUUGUGCUGUGGAGCGCCGUGGAUCCCUUCUGGAACCAGAAGAAGACCUUCAAACGGAGGCUCUUCAUAGAGGAGCUGGGCAAAAUGCUGGUGUCCCCACAAAUGCUACGGAGACAGCGCCUCCCCCGCACACCAGCAGCCGCCACUAUGGUGGUGGAUCUACGGAAAGCAGGGGACAACCCAAUGGAAAGCAGGGAACCAGACAGCACCAGCAACAAAAGGAGGAAGCUGUGCGAGUUCUGCACUGGAAAAAAGAAAAGAAUUGCCACCACCUGCAAAAAGUGUGACAAGUAUAUCUGCAAAGACCAUACAUCCUCAUACUGCAGCUGCUGCUGCACAUGAACUGAACUCUAAAUGUUGGCAGGUAUGAGUAAUAAGGAGGGGUGCUCCGGUUAUAUAGCCUACCUCUCGAAGCAAGAUUGGUCAAUACCAUGAAUGAUAGGCCUGGCUGUAGCCUUUCGUAGACUGUAUUCCACCUGACCUACACACAAAACUACAAGUUACACCACAGGAACAGAAGCAGCAACUGCGUUCAAUAUCUGAGCUCACAAACUAUUAACCUUUAUGUUUUCAAAAUGUGACAUGUUCAAACGUUUAGACGUUAGCUCUGACAUUUUCAGUGGCAAAAAUAUUCACGGUGGGGAAAAGGCUGAUUUAUUAUUGAUUUAUACAUUAUAAUAAAGUUACAUUGCAGUGCAGCAGCUUUGAAUAAACAAUUAACCUACAUUGCUGCAGUCACGCUAACUGUUAUCGCCUACUCCAAAGUGGCACUUGCUGGGCCUUGCGCGAGAUUUGUGGUGCUGAAAGAUCACAUCAGAGCAUAUGGCCUAUGUCCAAAAUAAAUAUGUUCACAUGUAUGAGAGAGAAGUCAGUCACUUCUGGGUCAUUGUGCUGCUAAAGUUUUUGGAAUGACAAGAUUUCCUAAUUUCUUUUGCUCUCUAAUGCGCCUUCAUGUAUCAGAAUAUUAGAUAGAUAGAUAGAUAGAUAGAUAGAUGUGUGUCCAGUGAUUAUUAUUAUUAUUAUUAUUUUUUUUUUUGCAAAGAAAUAAGUUUGAAUCAAAUUGUAAUUUUCCAAGUCAAACAUUUUCCAGCACCUCUUUCUUCCCUUGUAUUGAACACACCAAAAAACCUUGGGCUACAGUACAUUAUGUACAGUAAGCAGUGUUUCUGACUCCACUUGAUUGAUGCUGCAGUUGUGUUCCUCUUCUCAAUUUGUUUGACAAUGAAAGUGAUUUCAAUGCAAUAAGAAACUGAACUGAAAGAGUCAUUUCAAAAUUGGCCAUAUUUGUGACUUGUGUUGGAUUGUAGUCCAAUUUUCAUCUAUAUGUUGGCACUGACAUUAUUUCCUAAGUGAUUAGAGUUACUCUUAAAAUGCACUGAUUUAUACUAUAGUCUUCAAAAUUUUCAGCAGGGCUAAGACUAAUGACCUCAGUAUUUGCCACACACAUACACACACAUUCUCUACCUCUCACACUAUUUUUUGAUAUGUUCAAUGUUAUAGAAUUUUGAAAAAUAAAUCUUUUUCUUGUUCGAAGUGA